CCAUCUCCGCCGACCCAGAUAUUUCUCUAAACCAGCUGAUUUGAGCAGGAAAUAGCUGCUGUUGUCGUGUUUAUCGGAGCUGUUGUUGGAUAUCGUGUUUUUGGGAGCUGUAUUUAUUUGCAUUAACAGACUGACACUACAUCACCAUCAUGGACUACGAAGAAGAGAAAGCCCAGGAGAUCGAGCUCCUGCAGUCAAUGUACCCCGACGAGAUGACAAUUCUCUCGCCGACCACAUACACCAUCCAGCUUGCGCUGCAGGCACCCACCUCGUCCAAGGGACUAGCCACAAAAGACAACAAGCAGCUGCUGAUAGUGCGCGUCGAGUACACAGAGAAAUACCCCGAGACGCUGCCGAUUAUUGAACUGUCGCUCGAGCAGGAGGAGGAGCAGGAUGAGAGUGAUGAUGAGGAUGAGAGUAAUAGUCCAGAGGCGCUGGUGCUGGAUAGGCAUGAUCUUGAUGCGUUAAAGGAGAAGGCAGCUGAAGAGAUUGAAGAAAACCUCGGCUUCCCGUCCAUCUACGCGGUAACCUCCUCGCUAAAAGACCAAGCCGAAACCAUGCUUCAAUCAAAACAAGACGCCAUCGAGCGCGAGCUCGAUGAGAUAGCGCGCAAGGAGGAAGAGGCCGAGCAAGCAAAGUUCAGAGGCACGCUCGUCAACCGCGAGAACUUCCUGAUAUGGCGCACGAAAUUCAAGGCCGAGAUGGCAGAGAAGAAAAGGCUCGAGACUGGGAAGGUUGAGGAGAAGAAGAGGCCUACGGGUAGAGAGAUUUUCGAGAAGGGUCUGGAUGGGAGUAAAAACGAAGGGGAUGAUGAGCUUGGGGAUUUGCCUGAGGCGGUCUCGGAACUUGCAGUGUCUGAGGCGUAGUGUUGGAUAUCUUGUGCAUUUGUAUUGAUCAUGUAACAAAUACUAUCGAUCUCGAUGAUAGACCACUCGUCUGAUCCCGAUCACUGAUCUGAUCUUCGACCGCUCAUCUGAUCUAUCGACUCUACAUCCAGCAUCUCCAUAAGCCAUAUAGUCCCACAUAAUCCAGUCCCAAUCAACCGAUAAUAACAUUCUGUAGCUCGUCGUUCUUCUCGUCAUUGCUUCGCGUCUCCUGCCGCGGUCUCGCUACUACUCCCUGCACUCACACCCUCCUUCUCCUCCGACACAUCGAAAUUUACUAUCCAGUUA